AUGUCUCUCAGAUACUUCACCCGGAAAACGGUAUUAACAGCGACAACAACAAACCCAUGGCAAACGAACUUCAAUCAUCUCCUUCCCAUUCCGAAACUCUGGUUGAAACGUUCAAGUAUUAGAGACCCCAAGAUUAAAUCAGUACGUCCCAAGGAUCGUAUAAAGUACUGGAACAUUAUCCCUGGUGAUCAAAUUCGCCUGCGUGGCGACAAGUCAAAAAAUAUUCACGAAGUGCUGAGCAUAAAUCGAAUGAGCAGCAGGGUGUUCGUCAAGGGUGCUGCGCAGGCCAAUACAGACGCGGAUAAGCCACCGCCAACCAAAAACUACCAUUAUGCCAAGUGUCAACUUUUAGUUGGAAACUAUGAGUUUCCAACAGGAGAUGGCGUUUUAGAACCUAAGGUUCUCCCGGUGUUCGCUCAACGAGUUGGAACGUCCCAUCCAACAUGGGACCGGUUACGGAAGCGCUAUGUAUGGCAGAGAUUCGCUGUCAGCACGGUUCCUGUGAUACCUUACGCUGAAUCGAAAAGGAUUGAGAUUCCUUGGCCAAAGCCAGAGAAGAGGAGUUUGCCAGAGCCCGCAAAUUAUGACACGACCCGUGAGGAGGUCGUCAAAGUCACAUACAAAUUGCCGACAUUCCAACAAUCUUUAAGAGCUCCAAUCCCUCGCCCUGCGACUGAGGACGAGUUCCUUGCCACGCUCUACAACCCACACCUAACCGCUCUCAAUGACUCUGAGCCCGUUGAAGUUUACCUUGCUCAAGAACUUUCUAACCCUCAUUCACGUGCCAAGAAACUAAUGAGGUGGAAGAUUCGCCAGGCUAAUGACAAGGCAUUGUUGGAUGAAAUUAUGGCCGAUGAACUGAAACACCUGAAUGGUCGUAGCCCGAGGGACGCAAAGGCAGAAGCAGCGUUCAGAUGGCGAGAAUUAUUGAAAGCAAAGAAGGACGAUGAGCGGAAGAGAAGAUGGAAGGAUAUGGCGCAGGAGUCGACGAUGAAGAGGAAAGCGAUGAGGAAGGAGAAGAAGGAAGCUAGACUUCAACGUCGCCUCACGGAGCUGGUUCUGUCGGAUUCCUCAAAUCAAGUUAUCCCAGAAAUAAUUAAUUAA